AUGACUGCUUCAUCCAUGGCGCACAACAUGGGGAAACCUCCAUGUGCCAAGGAGGAGAGAAAGCUCAGGAAGCCGCUCAUUGAGAGGAAACGGCGGGAGAGGAUCAACACUUGUUUGGACCAGCUGAAAGACACUGUGAUCGGAGCGUUCAGCCUUGAUCAAUCCAAGCUGGAGAAAGCCGACAUCCUAGAGAUGACAGUGAAACAUCUGCAGGACAUCCAGAGCAUUAAACUCAGCGAUUCCUCAUCAGGCCUGGAGGCCCAGCAGAAAUACAGCACGGGCUACAUCCAGUGCAUGCAUGAGGUCCACAACAUGCUGCUGACGUGUGAAUGGAUGGACAAGACUCUGGGCUCCCGCCUGCUCAACCACCUCCUCAAGUCCCUGCCCAGGUCCUCCGACGAGCAUCCCCUCACCCAGUCCACCCAGUCCACCCGCAGACACAACAUCCCUCCUCCAGCCGACCAAGUUCUCCCCGGCACCCCCCUCAGAGGGGGGUGCCUGUCCGGGAGGCCGCUCCAGAGAGAGGGGCCCAACUGCCAUGUAGCUGGACGUCAGGAGAGGGCCGCAAUGCACAGCUCCCACCUGGGGAUGCUGGAGAUGUGGAGGCCCUGGUGA